AUAUCUCCAGCACGGACCCUCCUCCAAGCAGCAGGACGCGGCGGGCGCCAUUUCAGGGAGCAGUCGUUUCUGCUAAAGCCGAGUCCGAAUCUCCUCGUUGUGGAACUUCCUCGGCUUUGGACUUAUCCGUAAAAUAUCUGUUGAGGCCCAGAUUUUCCCCAUCUCUCUUUCCCGUCGUUGACGGAAUAAUUUUGCCGUUGGGGGGCCUACUUCCCCCCCGCCCGAAACAUCCGAAGCCUGAGCAAGUAAACAGCGGUAGUUGCAGCAGCCGCCCUCCUCACAGACACCUGAGCUAGAAGCGGGACCCCCAGCAGCGCAGGUGUCGUGAAAAAUGGCUGAUGAUAUUGAUAUUGAAGCAAUGCUUGAAGCUCCUUAUAAGAAGGUGAGAAAAUAUGCUAAUAAGGGCUUUAUCACUAUUCAUUUAGCAUUAUUCAUGAAACUACUGCUGAACUGUAAACUAACAUCCCCGGAGCCCUCGUGAUUUAUCUUAUUGGACGUGCGUUACGUGUAUCUUACGAGUAACUAUAUGCUGUUAAUGUAAUUAUAUUGUGCAGUAGUUUCACUUCAGCGUGAUGAAUAAAUGCCCAUCUAUCUCUCUUUGUAGACUUGCCUAACGAUAUCUCACCUCUACUCCCAUGAAUUCACCUUUGAUUCCAGUGUGAACUGUCAAUCAUAAGGUAGUAAUUGAGUGACGUAUCGCUGUACCGUGGUCCCCCUAGGUAAAAACAAACAAAAAACAAACAAACGGAAAACACUCCUAAAAACUACCAGCUCAAUUUUGGAUUAGCAACAAGGUGAAUGCAGUGGUUUGGUCAAAUAGCAGGGUUCCAAGAAUAAUCUCUUCCCCAAGUUCAUGGCAAGCAAAUACUUAGACUGCUUAAUGGAAGAAGAGUGACCUCUUUUCUUAAAAAAAAUGAUAGACGGGUGACUAAUCUUUAACAGGACAGGAGGCAAUUAACUGUUGUGCGAAAGACCUUUCCAAAAAUUCUUGGAUCCCUGAGUAGUUCACAUUUUAGUAAUAAUAAAACAAAAUAUUGUUGCAGUCUACCGUUCGUUGUGAAAGAGUACUCUUCUAUUUAUUUAAUUUAGCAACUUUGAUAUAAUAUUUUUACAGUUAUGAAUAUUUAAUACCUAGCUUCUAGAUCUAAACAGGCAGCAAGUGUAUUUAGUUUUUCACUGGAUAUUGGUGAAACUAUUAAAUUAUGCAUGCAGUAGCACUGGCUUCACAAAUCUAUAAAUACAAAAAAUUAAGUAAUGUAGCAGUUGAACUCAUGGUGUAACUGGUGUGAUAACUACAAUAAACAUAACAGCAACUAUUAGUUCAUUUUGGAGUAUGUUUAGUGCAGCUAUGCGGUAUGAGUUUUGAACAAGUGUUUGUAACCUUUUAAAUUUUCAUGUUUAGUUUUAUGUAAUAUUUAUUAGCAAUGUAAUAUUUUGAAACAAAUCAUAAUUUGUAAUGUUAAGAAUCUUGUGUGCUAGUUUAACAUGGAUAUUUUCCAUGUAAACAGGUAUGGAAAUAGGGAAUAUUUAGGCUGGACUGGUUGGAUUAUUGAUGACUGACUUGGGAGUCGACGUUACUAAAGCAGUGUGAAUCCCUGUUUGCUUCAGGGCGAGAUGUGUGACAGAGGUGGCAUCAAGCUCUUACAGUCCCAACCCUCCAACGAAAAUGGGCGAAGAUCUCAGGACUGGCAUCGGUCACAGGAAAUCGAUAGUGGCUGGCUGCUAGCAUGGCCACUUGGGGCUUAGGCAGAGAUAUAGCCUUGGUACUGGUCAAAGGGAUUAUAGUACAUGAAAAUGUUUUAAACAUGAAAUUUCUUUUUACAUUUUAUUUAUUUAACCACUUGAGUGCUGAAAACCUCAGGAUAACUUUAAAGUCACGUAAGGAAGUUUGUACGAUUUAAAUAUAUUUUUAAAUAGUAAUUCUUGUAUUUGUAAUUGUAUGACUUAACUAUAAGCAACAAAGUGGUUAAACAAGUCUACAUUAACUAGUAGCACUCCAUAUUAAAUGUAAAAUAAUUUUAGUAUUAAAAUUUUUGUUUUGUAUUUUCUUAUCCCUAUUCCCAUUACCCUUUUGACCACUUGAAAUGUUUCCACUUCGUCCUCACGAUGUUCUUCUAUCAACCCUGCUUAGGAUGAGAACAAAUUGAGCAGUGCCAAUGGCCAUGAAGAACGCAGCAAGAAAGCUAUCCCAUCAGAAAACCGCUACUGGAAAAGUACAGUCUACUCUUGCCUUCUGAGAGCACGUCUUUGCCACCUGUGCAGAAUGUGGCCCUUCUUGUGGAAAUGAGAGGAGUAAACUACUGUUUAAAAAUGUGCACAAUAUAGAAAUAAGACUCAUUUGCCUAAAUUACACUUGCGGAGUAUCUGAGGUAGAUUGCCUUGUUCAUGUAAAGACAGCUUGUAUUGGGAAGGUAGAUAACUCCUUUCUUUUUGGAGUAUUUGAUAGUGGAAAUAACUGGAAACUUCUAAUUUCCUUUCCCUCAUGGUUUUACUUUUAUAAAGUGGAACACACUACAUAGAAGAAGAAGUCAUGCUGUAUUCUCUCUUAUCCAAAUGUAAUGGUGUUAGAAGGAAACUAGCUUCUCUACCAGCCUUGUUGGCCAUUUUAUUCAGUGGAUGGUGUCCAGUGAUGACUAUCAGCUGCUGAAAGGUUAUUUUUAAUUAUUUCUGCUCCCCCAACCUUCUGGAGCAGGGGGAAUGGGAGAUUAAUAAAACUCUCUCCCUUCCAUUGUCAGAUUCCCUUUUGUCUGCUGACAGUCUCCACUGGAUACUACCCAAAAUGAAAAUCUAAAUACCCUGAAUAAUACUAUUGCAGGCUCCCUGACAUGCUUUUAUUAGAGAAAAAACCCUGAGUUUGUUUAUAUUUUAAGACUGCAAGCCACAAUAAUAGGUUGACAGUGUUGUAUGAAAAGUUAAUAAUGUCACAGGUCAGUGGGAUAAGAAAGGAUGUACUCUCAAAAACAGUGGUUUUUUAAAAAACAGUAAGUUAUUUCCCAAAACCUUUUUUAAUUCCUUUGUAGUAGUUUACUUGAGGAAAUAUGCAUUUAUAUUUCAUUAAAGCCUUUUGGACCCUUUGCUGUACUAAAUUAACUGCAAGGCAGCCUGAAACCCAUGGUCUUACAACCACAGCAGGCAACAAAGAACUGGCUGGACAGUCUCCUUUUAAAAAAAUGCUAUCUUGGUGGGAAGAUGUUAACUUAGCUUUUUGUUGCUUGUCCUAGGUGUUGAGGAAAGUUCUGCCGUCUCCCGUCACCCUCAAGAAUUUACAAGAGACUUUGUUCUGUCAGCCAUUGGGUGAACAGGGAAACAGUGCUGAACGUUUUUGUUUUUUUAAUGUAGUUUUAUGUAGCCUCUGAUCUCAUGGGCUAAAUAUGGGAUGGGGAACCUGUGGCCCUUCAGAUGUUGCUGGACUACACCUUCCAUCCCUGACAAUAGGCUAUGCCAAGAGGGAGAAAAAAGAGCAAGAGCAGAAGUCGUAGCCAUGACAGGAAGAGGAGUAGAAGUAAGGAGCGCAAACGAAGUCGUGAUCGUGAGAGGAAGAAGAGCAAAAGUCGGGAGAGGAAGCGCAGUAGAAGUAAAGAACGGAGACGCAGCCGUUCAAGAAGUAGAGAACGGCGAUUCAGAGGCCGUUACAGAAGCCCCUAUUCUGGUCCAAAAUUUAACAGUGCCAUCAGAGGAAAGAUUGGCUUGCCUCACAACAUUAAAAUAAGUAGACGACGAUCUAGGAGCAAAAGUCCAUUUAGAAAAGACAAGAGUCCUGUGAGAGAACCUAUUGAUAAUCUAACUCCAGAGGAGAGAGAUGCUCGAACAGUAUUCUGUAUGCAGCUUGCUGCAAGAAUUAGGCCAAGAGAUUUGGAAGAGUUUUUCUCUACUGUAGGAAAGGUCCGUGAUGUACGCAUGAUUUCAGACAGAAACUCCAGACGUUCCAAGGGAAUUGCUUAUGUGGAAUUUGUUGAUGUUAGUUCAGUACCUUUGGCAAUUGGAUUAACAGGACAACGAGUUUUGGGGGUACCAAUUAUUGUACAAGCAUCUCAAGCAGAGAAAAAUCGAGCGGCAGCAAUGGCUAAUAACCUACAAAAAGGAAGUGCAGGCCCCAUGAGACUGUAUGUGGGAUCAUUACACUUCAAUAUAACUGAAGAUAUGCUUCGUGGAAUCUUUGAACCUUUUGGGCGGAUUGAAAGCAUUCAGCUGAUGAUGGACAGUGAAACUGGACGUUCCAAAGGAUAUGGAUUUAUUACUUUUUCAGAUUCUGAGUGUGCUAAAAAGGCCUUGGAACAACUAAAUGGGUUUGAACUAGCUGGCAGGCCAAUGAAAGUAGGCCAUGUAACUGAACGUACAGAUGCAUCCAGUGCUAGCUCAUUUUUGGACAGCGAUGAACUGGAAAGGACUGGAAUUGACUUGGGAACAACUGGCCGUCUUCAGUUAAUGGCAAGACUCGCUGAGGGUACUGGCUUGCAAAUUCCUCCAGCUGCACAGCAAGCUCUUCAGAUGAGUGGAUCAUUAGCAUUUAGCGCUGUAGCAGAUUUACAGACACGACUUUCACAGCAGAGUGAAGUGUUGGCAGCAGCUGCUUCUGUACAACCACUUGCAACACAGUGCUUCCAGCUCUCCAAUAUGUUUAAUCCUCAAACUGAAGAAGAUGCUGGCUGGGAUACAGAAAUUAAGGAUGAUGUGAUUGAGGAGUGUAACAAACAUGGAGGCGUUGCCCAUAUUUAUGUAGACAAAAAUUCAGCUCAGGGUAAUGUGUAUGUCAAAUGCCCUUCAAUAGCUGCAGCAAUUGCAGCUGUCAAUGCAUUACAUGGAAGGUGGUUUGCAGGUAAAAUGAUCACAGCAGCGUAUGUACCACUUCCAACAUACCACAACCUUUUCCCUGAUUCUAUGAAUGCAACCCAGCUCUUGGUUCCUGCUCGGCGAUGAAGAUGGAUUUAGUCAGUUUUGUACAUAGCUAUUUUUGAAGGAAGACUUGAGUUACCUUUUUAAUUAGAAGAAAACAAAAGGAAAGGCUGUAAAGUCCUUUCGUGUACAUUUCCUGUUACUUUUAAACAAAAAACAAAAAAAUAGAGUAAGCAGGAAUGCUGUGUGUUCGUUCUCUUGAUUAGCAUUCCCACUGUAUACAAAGCUGACUACUUGUUCUGCCUUGUAAUUCUUGUACAUUUAGAACAUUUGGCUAAAGUGAUCUGUAGGAACAGAUGUAGCUCAUAGAAAAGAUUUUUCUGUAAAAGGUGGACAGGACAUAAUUUUUAAUGUUUCACAAGCCUUUUCUUUUAAUGCAGGUAUUACAUUUUACAUUCACCUAAAUGUAGAU